GAAAUGUACUGUAAUAUAUUAAAAGCCAUGUGUCCUCUUAUAUACGUGAACCUCAGCGAUAACUUUCUAAAAUGAAGGUAGAUGGAUCUGUAGGUUGGGUGAAGCUAGCUAAUAUUGAGUUCUUUGAGUAUUAUUUCAUGGAUGUAGCAAUACUGAAAUAGCGGUUUCACUGUCAGACAUCAAAGAUGAUCAUGCUGGAUUUAACUGAAAAAUUCUCACCUUUUCUUGGUAUAUAUCGAGCUAACCAUGGUACUUAGUCUUAGUUAUCGACCUACUCAUCAAACUCUGUUUUUGUACAAUUAAGUAUUUAGCAUACACACGAUGCCUGCUGGACUAGUACUAACCUUUAUAUUUAAAUUAUAUGAAUUGUUGCACUAAUUCAGGUUGACAGUUGUCCGAAUCAAUGGAGGUUUUAAUUAAACUAAACCGCCUUGGAUGUGCAGUAAGACUGCACAAAGGAGCAGCGAGACGUCAGGGUUUGCAUUCUGCAUCGGGGGGAAAGGACUUUCCCCCUAUUAGCCGACUUAAUGUACAACAGGCUACGGUCCUCUGGGAGCAGCAGUUUCGACAAUGUGGGGUCCCCGAGCCAUGCCUCUCAAGCCAGUACAUCAUGGCACACAUUCUGGGAGCCAAGACUAUGGCAAGCCUGGAUCCUGUCAUAAUGACAAAGGAGCUGACAGAUGUACAGACGCACCAAUUUUGGGAGCUCUGUUCAAAACGUCUUGCAAGGAUGCCAGUGCAGUAUGUUAUUGAGGAGUGGGACUUCAGAGAUCUGACGCUGAAGAUGAGGCCCCCCGUUUUUAUCCCACGUCCAGAGACAGAGGAGCUGGUGGGCCUGGUACUGGCCGGGUUCCAGUCAAGACAGGAUAGCAGGGUGCCAGGUCUGCGGUGUCUGGAAUUAUGUUGUGGCUCUGGAGCCAUCUCCCUCAGUCUGCUCCAUAGCCUUCCUCAGCUCAGUGCAGUUGCAGUGGACAGGAGUCCAGAAGCAGUGAAUCUGACUCAGGAGAAUGCCCUCAGGUUAGGGCUUCAGGACAGGCUAGAGGUUCGGCAACUGGAUCUGACUGUGGAUAGAGCGGUGCUCUUGAAAGAGUGUGGUCCAGUCAACACCCUGGUCAGUAACCCCCCAUACCUGUUCUCCCAGGACAUGGCAUCCCUGGAACCUGAGAUCCUUCGGUUUGAGGACCCAGCUGCACUGGAUGGAGGAGCAGAUGGCUUGCAGAUCAUUGGACAUAUACUUACUCUGGCUCCACACCUCCUAAAAAAUGGGGGACUUCUGUAUCUGGAGGUUGACCCUCGGCACCCUCCAGUGAUCCAGCAAUUUGUGGAGAAAGAAAAGAUAGGCCUGCAGUACCUUCAGACAAACAAUGACAUCACAAACCGGCCCCGUUACUGUGUCCUGCAGAGAAGAGGAGCAGAAGACUAAGCACGAAGGAAAAGAGAAUGUCAUCGCUGCUAUAUUCACUUUAUGUAGUUAUUGUUAAUAGUAUUGUGAAUACAUUUUCAUCAACUUGUAAUUUGAACCCAUUGUAGUCCAUUGUUUACUCAUUCUGAGGUUAAUAUGGAAAUUCAGCUGAGGAAACAUUGGCUAAUGCUAUGCAAAUUAAGCAAUUUCUCCAGGUCACUGAAAUUUAAUUGGAGAAUUAAAUCUGUGUCAAAGGGAGGAAAAUUUCAGGAGAGAAAAAGGAGCACUCUGCUGGGUCAUGACCAAUGAGGAGGCGGGUACAUUUUGCCCAGUACAUUUUGCCUCCAGUAACCACCCAAAAUGGGUAUGCCCAACUACCAUCCUUACCCCAGCUUAUCUGAGAGGAUUGGUACAGAUCUGGAUUCAGUGCUCGGAGGUAUACGCCACAUACAGCCUGACUGUAAGUGGAUUGUGAGUCAGGGAGAGAAAGUACCUUGAAACAGAAAACCCACUCCUCCCCUCCACAAUCCCCAGAAGUGGGGGUUGAGUAUUUGAGUAUCGCUGGCCACCUUCCAGCUUAGCACCCUUGCCUCCCCCUUUCCAUCCUGUCUCCACUUUGUACUACUCUGUUUUUUCAAUAUGUCUGUCCCUAUUUCUUUGUUCCUCCUACAUUUAGAUUCUAAAUCCUCACUGAGGGUUUAUUUUUUGCACAGUGUCACUAUUAUAGGUCCCUGUUAUAGACAGUGUUGUGAGUUGCAGGACUCUAAAAAUGGUUUUUCAACUGUAUUUAAUAUUGUAAUAGUGAUAUUUUUCUGUAUUGUUAGGGGGUCUACACUGGUUUACUAAUUUCCUGUUUUACCUGAAACAAAAACCUGAAAGAAAAAUAAAAUGGAUUAUAUCACUUGUAAA